CCUUCUCUUCCUCUUUCUCUUCCUCUUUCUCUUCUGCAACUUGAACAAACACGUGCCGCGUUAAAAUUCACAUUCAUUUCCAUUUUUCACUCAACUAACGUAACAACAGCGACGAAUCAAAACCUCUUUUUGCUUCUUCCAUUUCAAUGCCACCUUCCUUCAAUUCCCCUUCUUUCCGAUUAUCGUUCGGUUUGGUUUUUCACUUCCAUAACCACAUUUUCUCGAAGCUUUUCUCGGUGAUUACCCCUGAGUGCGCUUGUUCAUGCUCUUAACUUCCAUGACCCAGAAUCGCGGAUUCUCCGUAAUCGUUGGAUCAGAUAGCUUCUCUCCCAAUUCGCAGGGCUUCACGCCGACACCAGCAUCCAUUUAGUUUCAUUCCUCGCUUUUUUCUCCCUUCUAGAAAAAAAGAGAAGAUGGGUGAGGGAGAACAAUUUCAGCUGGGAACUGUUGGUGCAUUGUCACUAUCUGUUGUGUCAUCAGUGUCGAUUGUGAUUUGCAAUAAGGCGCUUAUGAGCACAUUACAUUUCAUUUUUGCUACAACUUUGACAAGUUGGCAUCUGCUUGUCACAUUUUGUUCUCUUCAUGUGGCGCUAAAAAUGAGAUUGUUUGAACACAAGCCUUUUGACCAGAAAGCUGUUAUGGGAUUCGGAAUUCUAAAUGGAAUCUCAAUAGGACUUUUAAAUUUGAGCCUUGGAUUCAAUUCUGUUGGUUUCUUUCAGAUGACUAAGCUGGCAAUCAUUCCAUGUACCAUUCUUUUGGAGAUCCUUUUUCUCGGGAAAAAAUUCAGUAAAAGAAUUCAAUUUUCCCUUGCCAUUCUCCUUCUUGGUGUUGGGAUUGCAACAGUCACCGAUUUGCAGCUCAACGUUUUGGGCUCUUUCUUGUCUCUUCUAGCAGUGGUUACAACAUGCGUUGCUCAGAUUAUGACAAAUACAAUCCAGAAGAAGUUUAAGGUUUCCUCUACCCAACUUUUGUAUCAAUCAUGUCCAUAUCAAUCAGCAGUCUUGUUGAUAUCUGGACCAUAUCUGGAUAAACUUCUGACCAACCUUAGUGUGUUUUCAUUCAAUUAUACAACACAAGUGACGGUUGUCAUUAUUCUUUCAUGCGUCCUGUCUAUUGUUGUAAAUUUUAGUACAUUUCUGGUAAUUGGAAAGACAUCACCAGUCACCUAUCAGGUUCUUGGGCAUCUGAAGACAUGCCUUGUAUUGGCAUUUGGUUACAUUAUUGUCCGCGACCCAUUCAACUGGAGAAACAUUCUGGGGAUUUUGGUGGCCAUGGUUGGGAUGGUUAUGUAUUCCUACAAUUGCACACUUGAGAGUCAGCAAAAAUCUAAUGAAUCUUCAUCACAAGCAUUACAGGUUAGAGAAGGCGCUGAUUCUGAUCCUCUACUUAGUGUGGAAAACGGGAAUUCAGUAUUCAACAAAAGGAGCCCUGUGUGGAGCAAAGAGAAAGACUAAGCAUGCUUGUUGAGCUUUUUCUAAGUCUCCAUAAAGAACAAUAUAUGAGCCUAUAAAGGAAUAUACUCUUUGAUCAGAAAGUUCUUGCAAAUUUAAGUUUCAAAUACGUAUAGGUCUUAGUUGUUUCAUUGGUACUAUUAGUUUACAAUUUUAUGCAUAGGUAGCCAACAUGCAAUGUCUGUGGCCAGCAUAUAAACAUGGCUCAAUUUAGCAAAUUUUGAAUGGAUGUUUUUCACAUCAUGCUACACAUACAUAUAGA